AUGGAUUCUUUUAGGACAAAGAAUGGUGAUUGUGUCUCCCGCUUCACAUUGCUACGCAGGAUCUGCAGACUGAGAAGAAAAACAACUGACAUCAUGGAAGCCAGUGAGUUGUCUGUAGGAAUGAUUUUCUCCUUUAUGACUGUAUUUGGAAUUCUAGGGAAUUUCACUCUUCUCUACCACUAUAUGUAUAUAUACCUAACAAGGUACAGGUUAAGGUCUACAGACUGGGUUCUGAUGCACUUGACUGUAGCCAAUAUCUUAACUGUACUGUGUAAAGGAGUGCCCCAGACAAUAUCCCUUUUUGGGUUUGAAGACUUUCUCGAUGAUAUUGGAUGCAAAUUGCUUUUUACUUUCCACAGAGUAGGUAGGGGUGGUUGCAUGGGCAGCACCUCAUUGCUUAGUGUCUUUCAGGCCAUCAUCAUCAGUCCCAGGAGCUUCAGGUAUUCAGAACUUAAAGUGAGAACACAUAAAUGCAUUCAUUUGUCUGUGUACCUCAAUUGGGUAAUUCAUUUAUGUAUAAGCAGCAUGAAUCUUGUGUUCUUGAGGGCAAAAUAUAGUAAUGAAAGCACAACAAACCUGAAAUCUUUUAUAUACUGUUACGCUGUCCGUCACGAUCCAACCAGUGACAUCAUUUAUGCAACAUUACUGGCAAUUCCUGAAGUUCUUUUGCUGGGGCUCAUGCUAUGGGCCAGCGGCUCCAUGGUUCUUACAUUGUACAGGCACCAUCAGAUGAUGCAAUACAUGUCCAGGACCAGAGUUUCUUCUAGAUCCUCCCCUGAGUCCAGAGCCACUAAAACCAUCCUUCUCCUGGUCAGCACUUUUGUCUCCUCUUACACAAUUUCUGUCCUGUUUCAAUCCUUAGUAGCUCUUCUAUAUAAUCCCAGCUGGUCUUUGGUGCAUAUGACUGCAAUGUCCUUUCUGCUUUUCCCCACUGUUUCUCCCUUUCUUCUCCUGAGCCAAGACUCUCGGGCAUCCAGUUACUUGAAAAGGAAUACACAUUUCCCCAAGGCCUCUGAACAAGUACAGAAUUGA